AUGCAGCAGCAGCAGCAGCAGCAGCAAGAAACAGCAGCAACCGAAGUAGCAGCAGCAGCAGCAGCAGCAGCAAGAAACAGCAGCAACCGAAGUAGCAGCAGCAGCAGCAGCAAGAAACAGCAGUAG